UAACGGCCCCGCCCUCGCAGCCGUUACCGGGCAACGGCCGCGGCCAGCACCGGCCCCGCCAUGGCAGGCGGCGGCGCCGCGUCCCCGCCGGGCCCCCCCCGGCCUUGGAGCCGCCUCCACGCCACGCCCGCGCGGUGCACCCGGGACCACGGGGCCCCCCGGCAGCCGCAGCGGCCCCCGGAGCCCUCCCCGCGGUGCUGGGCGAGCCCCAAGAAGGAGUCGGUGCACAGCAUCCAGGGGGGCAUCGAGUGCCCGCACAGCGCGGCCACCAACAGCGGCUACUCGCGCAAGGCGGACGGCGGCUUCUUCUCCCCGUAGCGGCCCCCCCCGCAAUAAAGGCCCGAGCGGCGCGGUGCCGGCGGGCGGAUCAGAAUCGCGGCGCGCUCAGGGGCCGGCCGCGGGGCCAGGCCUCGCCUAUCUGAUCGACUCAUCCCGCCCGCCCGCCGCACAGCGCCCGGGGGCUUCGCGGCGCGGCUCUUCUCAUCUCGGCCGGGGGCCGAUCAAAUAAGAUCAACGUGUAGGGAGCGGCGGCACGCGCACACCCCACGCGCGCACACACACACACACACACGCACACUCACACCCCUCGCAC